GGGAACGACUCGACUUACCCUCACUUCCUUAUUUAUAGAACAAGAUUGACAGGCUUGACAUCAGCGGAAGAGGACACCCUUUCUAUCCCAACACAAACCGUUCUGAUCCUAUUAACUUUUAUUUUUUCCCCCUCUUAGAGCAAUUGUUGAUGCUGCAGAGCGAAAAAUGAGGUUAUGUAGCGGACUCUGGACAUAGGCAGCAGUGGGUGGAAAGGGGACCUUCUUUACGUUUCAAGAGAAACUCCUACUUCCGCGUUAACUCUGCUCCGCAACAAGGUAAAGCGGACUUUUUACAGGAAGCGGUUGUCUAAAGGGGUUAAUCCACACCGUUCACAGUGCCCUUCCCGGACCCACGUCAAUGCCAAACUAUGAAGUAAAGGAGACUCGACAGUUGUGAAUUCGGAAAAUAGCACAUAAUCUUGAAAGAAACUGUACCAUCAGAGGACCUUGCAGUAAAUUUACAGAAGAAUGCCUGCUGGUGUAUGCGGCUGCUGUGGCCCCCUGAGGCCUCGCUACAAACGCCUGGUUGACAACAUCUUCCCCGAAGACCCAAAAGAUGGCUUGGUCAAAUCGGACAUGGAGAAGCUGACGUUCUACGCUGUGUCUGCACCCGAAAAGCUGGAUCGGAUCGGGGCCUACCUGGCGGAGAGGCUGAGCAGAGAUGUGGUCAGGCAUCGUUACGGGUACGUCGUCAUCGCCAUGGAGGCCCUGGACCAGCUCCUGAUGGCGUGCCACUCCCAGAGCAUCAAGCCGUUCGUGGAGAGCUUCCUGCACAUGGUGGCCAAGCUGCUGGAGUCUCGGGAGCCUGACCUGCAGGUCCUCGGAACAAACUCGUUUGUCAAGUUCGCCAACAUCGAGGAAGAUACCCCUUCCUACCACCGUCGGUACGACUUCUUUGUGUCGCAGUUCAGCGCCAUGUGCCACUCUACCCAUGAAGACCCUGCCACCCGAAACAGGAUCCGGGUGGCAGGAAUCAAGGGCCUGCAGGGCGUGGUGAGGAAGACUGUGAACGAUGAGCUCCAGGCCAUCAUCUGGGAGCCUCAGCACAUGGACAAGCUCAUCCCCUCCAUGCUGUUCAACAUGCAGGAGGCAGAGGACUUCGACAGGACAGGACACCCAAGCACCCCCUCAGGCCACGAGCAUGACGAGAACCCAGCUGCGCUUGCCGAGAGCUGCUUCAGGGAGCUGCUGGGAAGAGCCGCCUAUGGCAACAUGAACAACGCCGUCCGCCCCGUGCUAGUGCAUCUAGACAACCACCGCCUGUGGGACCCGAAUGAGUUUGCCGUUUCCUGUUUCCGGAUCAUUAUGUACUCCAUACAGGCCCAGCACUCCCACCAUGUGAUCCAGCAAGUCUUGAACCACCUGGAUACCCACAGUAAGGACACGCCGCGGGUGCGAGCCGGCAUUGUGCAAGUCCUGCUGGAGACGGUCGCCAUAGCGGCCAAAGGUUCUGUUGGCCCCACGGUCCUGGAAGUGUUCAACACUCUGCUGAAGCACCUGCGCCUGAGCGUGGACUUCGAGCUCGGCGAGGGCUCCCGCCGCAACUCCAGCACCAGCGUCACCUCCCGCUCCAAGGAGAACGACGAGAGGAUCGUCCAGAAUGCCAUUAUUCAGACCAUCGGAUUCUUUGGCGGUAAUCUGCCGGACUACCAGCGUGCUGAGGUGAUGAUGUUCGUCAUGGGCAAAGUGCCCGUCUAUGGAACCCCGUGCCAUACGCUGGACACAGUGAAAAUUGGGGAUCUUGGAACCAAGCGUAUCCAGGCCAUGCUGCUGAGCUCCCUCAUUAUGGUGACUUCUGGUUUCAAGUCCAAGACCAUGUCAGCGGCGCUGCCCCCGCCCUUCCUGGACCCCCUGUUCUCCAUCUCCCUGAUGGAGGACAGCGAGCUGAGGCAGCUUGUGCUGGAGAUUCUGCACAACAUCAUCGAUCGCCACGACAACCGCGCCAAGCUGCGCGGUAUCAGGAUCAUUCCCAACGUGGCUGCUCUGAAGAUUAAGCGGGAGAAGAUCUCCAAACAGGACAUUGGUUUCAUGAAAAAGCAUGGCCAACAGCUGUACAGGCACAUCUACUUAGGCUGCAAGGAGGAGGACAACGGCCAUAAGAACUUUGAGCUUCUCUUCACUGCCUUGGCCCUCAUCACCAUUGAGCUGGCCAAUGAGGAGGUGGUCGUGGACCUCAUCCGGCUGUCCAUCGCUCUACAGGACAUGGCCUUGGCCAAUGAAGAGAACAUGGCUAUGUUCAUCCGCUGCAGUAUCAUGGCCUUAGUGGCAGCCUACCUGAACUUCCUCAGCCAAAUGAUCGCAAACCCACCCUUCUGUCAGCAUGUCAGCAAGGUUCUGGAGAUGCGGAACUUAGAGGCACCUUAUCUUCUGCCUGAGCAUGUCUUCAGGGAGAAAUGCUCGCUGCCUAGCACCCUGGACAAUGAAGACAACAGCCUGUACUUCCUGACCAGCGAGAUCGCCGAGUCGUUAGCGGGCCCUGGUUACAACGUGGACAGGCUGUCCGUGCCGUACGUACCACAAGUGACAGAUGAAGACCGCCUCUCUAGAAGGAAGAGCCUCGUUGAUACCAUUUCCCUUCAGGUGGAUAUCCUAUCGAACAACCAACCAGAGAAGUCGCAGUUGGCUGAGGAGAUAACAUUCGAGACUCUGAAGAAAGCCAUCGACACCACAGGCAUGGAAGAACAGGAGAAGGAGAAAAGACGGCAGGUGAUUGAGAAGUUCCAGAAGGCUCCAUUCGAGGAGAUCGCUGCCCACUGCGAAUCCAAGGCAAAUAUGUUACACACCAGAUUAGCACAGAUCUUUGAGCUCACAAUCCGGCCUCCGCCCAGCCCCUCAGGUGCUGUGACGAUCACAUCUGGCCACGCCCAGUACCAGUCUGUGCCCGUCUACGAGAUGAAGUUUCCAGACCUGUGUGUCUAUUAG